AUGCCCAAGAAUAAAGGUAAAGGUGGUGAAAACAGACGCAGAGGUAAGAAUGAGAAUGAGUCUGAAAAAAGAGAAUUAGUAUUCAAAGAGGAUGGACAAGAGUAUGCUCAAGUUAUCAAAAUGUUGGGAAAUGGAAGAUUGGAGGCAAUGUGUUUGGAUGGUGUAAAGAGGUUAUGCCAUAUCAGAGGGAAACUGAGAAAAAAGGUUUGGAUAAAUACAUCAGACAUCAUACUGGCUGGCUUACGAGACUACCAGAAUAAUAAAGCCGAUGUAAUUUUAAAAUACAAUGCAGAUGAGGCCAGAAGCCUGAAAGCAUACGGCGAACUUCCAGAACAUGCUAAAAUCAACGAAACUGAUACAUUUGGUCCUGGAGAUGAUGAUGAAAUUCAGUUUGAUGACAUUGGAGAUGAUGAUGAUGAAGAUAUUGAUGAUAUCUAAACUGAAUUCAACAUUUACAUUCCAACUUUCUGAGGACUGUUCAACAGUUUGGUUUUUGGUUGUGACCUGUUAAAGAUUAAAGUUUUAUUAGUAUGAUUGCAA